CAUACGUUCAACAGAUAAACAACAGCAACAGCGACAACAGAAAAAUGAAAAAAACAAUCAGCUGACGAGUGUCACCUGACCAUGGGGCCGCCGCGGGUGUAACGAAACGCCGGUUUUCAGACAUUCACGGAAAUACACUGCUGCUGUAGCUGCAUACUGUAACUUCUCUGCCAAGACUCGAUAGUAGAUACCUCGAUCUUCACAGAGUUUCCUCUCAUCAAAAUGUCACAAGAAGACUAUGUAAUACUUCCACCAGACAGGAAUACCACUCGGACCGGCAGGUCAUUUACUUCAAAAUGUGGACAGCUAUUCCUUGAUAAUGCCAACAUUUUUAAGGCGUUUGUUGGAACCAACUUUCUCUCCAUAUCCUUUGCUCUCAGCAUGAGUGGGCUGUAUCUUGGCAUUGCUGGUCUGGUGCUUAUUGCAAUUGCUACUGUCCAUUGCUGCUACCUUAUCGUCAAGUGCAAAAAGUACGCCAUUGAGGACAUCGUCAACAAAUUCAAUCUCCACCCUGAAUCAUCACUCACCCAUCGCAAGCUCGUCCAGAGUAUAGAGAAGUCCCUGUCAUAUGGCGAUAUCUCCAGGCUCGCGUUAGGAAAAUGGGGCACCUGGAUCACCAACAUCAGCCUGAUCGUGACCCAGCUUGGCUUCUGCAUCAACUACUUCAUCUUCAUCGGCAACACCAUUCAGCGGAUGUUUCCGUUCAGGAACACCACCGGCGUGCCCGUGUCGGACGUGGUUCCGGCAGAACUCCCGCUGUCAAAUGCCGAUUGGACGAUGGCAGACAUGACGCAGACUGCCAACUGGACUAGUGUUGUGAGCAACGCAGCGUAUACAACGGCGCCUUCCUAUCAACUGCUCAUGUUGAUACCGUUACCACUGUUCAUUGCGUUUGCUCUUUUGAGGAAGAUUAGGCAGCUUGGCUCAAGUAGCAUUAUCGCCAACGCAUCUGUUCUGAUUGCUUAUGUUGUCGUCAUGUAUUACAUCCUCAGAGAUUUCAAAAUAAGUCCAUCGGUCGUGAACGUGAACUGGAUUAAGUUUCCUGUUUUCUUUGGCCAAGUGACAGCUUCAUAUGAGGGCAUUGGAACGAUUAUUCCGAUUGAAUCAAGCAUGGAGGGCAACCGUCACCUCUACCCCUUGCUCCACAUCAAUGUGACUUUCUUCACCCUCCUCAUGGCCUCCAUCGGCAUCUUGGGAUACCUGUUCUACGGGGCCGACGUCCAGCAGAUGAUCAUAUGGAGCCUCCCCCUACAGGACCCCUUGACGAUAGCCGUCAAUGUCACCCUCAUCAUCGCCAUCGUUUUCACCUAUCCUCUUCAAGUCUUCCCCAUCGUCGAGAUCAUGGAGCAGUUGAUCUUCGCACCUGGCCAGUGUUUAGGACCCUCUAAGCAGCUUCUGACGGAAGAAGAUUCCAUCAACAAGGAUGACGACAAUAACGAGGAUGACUUAUACAAGAGUACUGAUGAGAAGUCGCAGCUGAUACCACCCAGUCAAGAUGAAGAGGAGAGGAAGAUGAUGGAGACGUUCCGUCAGUGUGUUGUCACGGUGACCAUACCUGAUUCUGUAGCAACUUGGAAAAGGAAUAUUUUGAGGGUUUUGAUUGUUAUCUUUCAAGCUGGGAUAGCUCUCACUCUCAAAGACAGUAUUGCAUAUUUUAGUGCCUUUACAGGAGCCAUUGGAAGCACAAUCUUAGGCUACAUACUGCCCUGCACGAUACACCUAAUACUGAGGGGUAAGCAGUUGAAUCCUUUGGUCUGGAUGAAGAACAUCUUCUUAAUUGUUGUUGGUUUAGCCGGUGGAGUGGCCGGUGUCUAUGCAUCUAUCGUGAGCAUCAUUGAAAACCAUUGAGAUCAUGAUACCGACAAAUGUCCCCGUGACGAUUGCUACAUGCCUGGUAGUUUCCUGUGAUAGCUGAGAUUCACACUACAACACUGGACCCAACACUAUACCUAACCCUACUCCUAACCCUAACCCUAAACCUGUCCUGAAACCUCACCCUAUACUUUUGAUGAAGUAAAAGCCUGGGGGUGUUUCACAAUGAUCCUAAGUUGAACUUAUCUCUCAGUUGGACUUAAAAAUUAUGGAAAGCCGUUAGUAUCUAUGAAAAUCU